AUGCGUUUCACCCAAGUCGCUGCUGCCUCAUUGGUAGCACCGCUCGUCGCUGCUCAUGGCAUGGAGGGUAUGCCAAGGAUCGUUGGUAUGCCCAGGCAAUUGAGGGCCAGCAACCCUUUCGCUGGUUUCCAAGACCGUCAUUCUGCUCACCCUGAACCUGUCAUUCGUCCCCGACAGUCCGCCGACGGACGUUGUGGUCCGGACGGCAACAACCAAAAGUGCGCGGACAACGAGUGCUGCUCAAGCGCCGGAUACUGCGGUACUACCAAUGAGCACUGCCAAGCGCCCGACUGCUUGUUCAACUUUGGACCUGCAUGUGACGCCAACAAGACUCCUGCCGGAGCAAGCACCCGCAAUGAUGUCCGUCCCCAGAAGGGAGCCAUCCCUUACGGCGGUGCUGGCAUAUACGUCUGCAACAACCCUGGAACGGUUGCGAUCACCUACGACGAUGGUCCAUACAUCUACACAGAGAACGUUAUGGCCCAGUUCGAAGCACGUGGAGCCCAUGCCACUUUCUUCAUCACUGGUAACAACAUCGGUAAGGGUGCCAUUGAUGAGAACUGGGCGAGUGUCAUCCAGAAGAUGUACAACAACGGCCAUCAGGUGGCCUCCCACACUUGGUCUCACCAGGACCUCAGUCUUAUUACCAAAGAGGAGGCUUACGACCAGAUGAUCAAGAACGAGAUGGCUAUCCGUAACAUCAUCGGCAAAUACCCAACCUACAUGCGCCCACCGUACUCUUCCUGCGAUGAUGACUGCCAGGAUGUCAUGAAGGAUCUCGGCUACGUCGUUUCCUACUUCGAUCUCGAUACCGAUGACUACAACCAAUUGACCCCAGAGAAGAUCCAGGUCGCCAAGGACAACUUCAAGAAUGGCAUUGACACCCGUAACAGCGGAGACCCAUACGAUGGUGACAGGCUUGUCAUCGGCCACGACAUUCAUCAAUUGACUGCUGAGAACCUUACCGCAUACAUGCUUGACUACCUUUACGCUCAAGGCCUCAAGGCUGUCACCAUGGGUGAGUGCUUGAACGACCCCAAGGAGAACUGGUACCGCGACUCUACCCCUGCUCCCCCCAGCACUUCAUCUACCCGCACCUCUUCUUCAGCUGUCCCUACUCCUACCGGUCCCACUUCCAAGGACGGUAUGUGCGGUUCUACUGGUGGCGACCAAUCUUGCGUUGGCUGGGUCGGUGUCGGCGGUCUCCUCGGCGAGUGCUGCUCUCAAUACGGAUACUGUGGAAACACCGCCGACCACUGCCAGACUGGCUGCCAAGCCGGUUUCGGAAAGUGCGGUGCUCAGCCCAGUGCCUCCCCCUCUGCCUCUGCUUCCGUCUCUGCAAGCGUUACUGGCCCGGUCCCCACCCCUACUGGCCCUACCACCACCGAUGGAUCUUGCGGUGCCGCCAACGGCGGCAUGACUUGCAUUGGCUUCAACGGCCCCGCUGGUCUUAGCGAGUGCUGCUCCGAGUACGGAUACUGUGGUAACACCGAUAUUUACUGCGCGGCAGGUUGCCAGGCUGGUUUCGGAAAGUGCGGUGCUCAGGAUGUUAGCAGCGCUUCUUCUUCCGGUGCUGCUAGCUCUACCCCAGCUCCCUCUUCCUCGGCCGAUGUCAGCAAGGACACCGUCUCUUCUUCCGUAUUCUUGAGCUCUUCCGCUGCUUCUUCGUCCGCCGCAAGCACCACCGUUGAUGCUAGCUCCAGCGCCAGCCAGGCCUCUUCCGCACCCUCUGCCACUCCUACCACCUCUGGUGAGAGGUCCCGCGAUGGCUCAUGUGGUGGAACCAAGGGAUACACAUGUGUUGGUUUCAGCACCCUCGAGGGCGUAAAGUCUGAGUGCUGCUCUGCUUGGGGAUACUGCGGUACCUCCGAGGACCACUGCGGUGCUGGUUGCAACCCGGUCUACGGCAACUGUCCUUCGGCCUCUUCUUCGUCUGCUUCUUCUUCCGUCGCUGUCUCCAGUGCUAGCGAGAAGUCUGACUCUACAUCCUCCAGUGUCGCCACACCCACAUCUGAGGUUGUCUCUUCAUCCGUUUCUGCUUCAGCCUCUGCUUCAGUUUCUGCCUGGGCCUCUGAGUACGUUUCUGCGUCCAUCUCUGAGCACGUAUCCGCCUCUGCUUCGGCUCCGGCUUCUGCCUCAGUCUCCGACUACGCCUCUGCAUCUGUCUCCAUCUCUGAGCACAUCUCCGCAUCGGUUUCAACCUCUGCAUCUGAGAAGCCCGAGGAGCAUGAUUCCACCUCGGUCUCCGUCUCCGCUUCUUCCACCGACGCAUACCCCACCUCAACCGCCGAGUCUGCCUCUGCUUCAAAGGAUAGCUACCCCACCAGCUCCGUUGUCUCAGACGACUCAUCCUCCUACCCCGUCUCUACCCCUGGAAACUCUGAAGCCCUCCCAUCAAGCAGCUCCGUCGCUUCUUCCGCCUCCGCGUCUUCCGAAUACCCCGCCUCCACCAUGACGCCCACUCCCAUCCUCCCAUCCUCUUCCUUCUCCACCGCUAUCGUCCGCCCUAGCUCUACUUCCUGCUCUACCACCGCCACUCCCACACCUACUAAGCUUCCUGUCUCUGAGAACGGAAAGUGCGGUGAGCACAACGGCGGCCAGACGUGUGCUGGUUACAAGACUCUUUUCGGUGUUGAGAUGGGAUGCUGCUGCAAGCAGAGUGGACGUUGCUCUAUUGACCCCUGGGCGUGUGGUCUUGGAUGCGACAAGGGCUACGGAAAGUGCUGGUUCUAG